CCCCGCGGCAAGAUGGCGGCGCCCGGGUCCUGCCACGCAGACUUCCGCCGGGCGCUGAGGCGCGGGGGCCGCCGCGGGUCGCGUCGGAGGUGAAGUCGGGACGUGCGUGGUGCGGAGCCGCAGCCCGGGUGCGCUGGGGCAACAUGUCGGAAGGAAAUGCCGCGGGCGAGCCCAGCGCUCCGGGAGGGCCCCGACCCCUCCUCUCUGGGGCCCGGGGGCUUAUCGGGCGGAGGCCGGCGCCUCCCCUCACCCCGGGCCGCCUUCCCUCCAUCCGCUCCAGGGACCUCACCCUCGGGGGAGUCAAGAAGAAAACCUUCACCCCAAAUAUCAUCAGUCGGAAGAUCAAGGAAGAGCCCAAGGAAGAAGUCACCAUCAAGAAGGAGAAGCGUGAAAGGGAUAGAGACCGACAGCGAGAGGGGCACGGACGGGGCCGGGGGCGCCCAGAAGUGAUCCAGUCCCACUCCAUCUUUGAGCAGGGUCCAGCUGAAAUGAUGAAGAAAAAGGGGAACUGGGAUAAGACCGUGGAUGUGUCGGACAUGGGGCCCUCCCACAUCAUCAACAUCAAAAAGGAGAAGAGGGAGACGGAUGAAGAGACAAAGCAGAUCCUGCGCAUGCUGGAGAAGGAUGAUUUCAUCGAUGACCCUGGGCUGAGAAAUGACACUCGAAACAUGCCUGUGCAGCUGCCGCUGGCUCACUCGGGCUGGCUUUUUAAGGAAGAGAAUGAAGAGGCAGACGUUAAACCUUGGCUGGCUGGCCCCAAGGAAGAGGACAUGGAGGUGGACUUACCUGCUGUGAAAGUGAAAGAGGAGCCGCGAGAUGAGGAGGAGGAGGCAGCCAAGAUGAAGGCUCCUCCCAGAGCAGCCAGGAAGACCCCUGGCCUCCCGAAGGACGUAUCUGUGGCAGAGCUGCUCAGGGAGCUGAGCCUCACACAGGAGGAAGAGCUGUUGUUCCUGCAACUGCCAGACUCGCUCCCCGGCCAGCCACCUUCUCAGGACAUCAAGCCAAUCAAGACAGAGGUGCAGAGCGAGGACGGACAGAUGGUGGUUAUAAAGCAGGAAAAAGACCGGGAAGCCAGGUUGGCAGAGAACACUUGUACCCUGGCUGACCUGACAGAGGGUCAGGUUGGCAAGCUGCUCAUCCGCAAGUCGGGGAAGGUGCAGCUCCUCCUGGGCAAGGUGACUCUGGACGUGACGAUGGGAACCACCUGCUCGUUCCUGCAGGAGCUGGUGUCUGUGGGCCUUGGAGACGGUAGAACCGGUGAGAUGACAGUCCUGGGACAUGUAAAGCACAAACUUGUAUGUUCUCCCAAUUUUGAAUCCCUGCUGGAUCACAAACACCGGUAAAAUGAGCAGAUGGAGGACGAUGGUGACUGUGCCCACGGCUGCUGCCUGCUCCAGACGUUUUGUUCUCAAAUCUGUUCGACCCAGAAGGGGCCUGUUGAGCCCACCCACUCCAGCCAUUGUCCCAGUUUUCCCCACAGGACCCACGUGGCUCCCUCCCACAGCAGCCGUGAACGGCGCAGUGACCGUCCCACAGCACAGAAACUGCGCGUCCUCACUGCUGGGGAGCUUCUCUGCUAUUUAUUUUUCUAUUUAUGUCUUCUCUCUUCAGCUGGCUGCUCCCUCCCCAGGUGGAGAGGGGACGGCCUGUAGGAAAGGACAGGCUCCUCUCGGUGACGGUCUUGGUUCUCAGGGUGGGAGGCGUACGGACUGCUCCUGCUGCUUUCGCUCCCCUCUUCCUCCCAAGAAGCGGUGCUGGGGGGAGAGCAGGGACCUCUCAGUCUGAGACUCAGUACUCAGUCCCAGCUCUGUGUGUGACUCAUCGUGUGAUUGGACAAACUACCUAACCUUUCUGAGCCUCGUAUUCCUCAUCUGACAGAAAUGAGGACGAUACCUACCUCACAGGGUUGGUGUGAGGAUGAAAUCGAAUACUGUCGCGGAAAACUCCUUGCACAAGGCCAGACAUACACAGUAGGCACUCAAUAAAUGUUAGUUUAGUGUCCUUCCCUCCGCCUGAGUCUAUUUUCAGACAAAAGAGAGAUUCCAAGAAUCUCUCAGGAAAGGUGAACGGAGCUACUCCGGCCCACGUUCUUACUCUGUGUCCCAUCGCCCCCGGCCUGCUGCUCUGAAGGUUUGGGUUCUGGCCCUUGUCCUUUUCUCCUGAGCACCCUUAGCCAAGUGCUCCCUGUCCCUUGCUGCGAGGCCCUGGCUGUAGGUGCCGUCAGCAGUGAGGAAGUCAGAGACUCCCUCCUCCCAUCACCCCACACAUUCCUCUGGGUGACGUGGUGGUCCCAGGACUCCUUCCCUCCCACCCCGCCCUCGCCCCUGCAGUAAGUAGCCACUACUCUUCCAGCUUCCACUUACAUAUUUCUCAGAAGACACCUCUGACCAUUUGUAGAGAGUCAGCACCACACCGAGUAAAAUACUGCUGAGAAACAACCCUGGGUAAGAUAGAAAGUAGAGGUUUAUUGAAUAAUAGCCUCGCUGACACUUGACAGAUGACCUCUCACUUCCAGAACUUUUGAGUUCAAGAGGCCCACCUCUGUCUCCUUUCUGGGCACCCACUCAGGUCCACCCACUCAGCUUGGACUCCGCUCCCACUGGCCACGCUGGCCUGGUGGUUCAUUAGUCUGAGGUCAUGUUCCUUUCAGCAGCUCGUCACACUCUUGAUCCUUCCAGUGGGUGGUCCCUGAGGAGCAGCUUCCCUUUCCUCAUCCCUUGUAUGCAGGGCUGGCAUUUUUCCUGGUUCAGCAGGGUAGGGGAGACACCUCCUGCUAGUGUCUGUGGUCAUUAGAUGCUGGUGCUGCAAACCGCCUCUGGAAUGAAUGUGAACCACACGGGCUCGGUAACAAACACCUCCUCCCGACUUAGGUGGCCCCAGAGGCUUUGGAUGGAUAUGCCUUCCUUUAGUCUCACCUUCCUUCUGUUCCUUGAGCAUGCUUUUUAUUCACCACUGGGGUUUUUCCUGCACUGAGCCCCUCAAGUUGCCAAGCCAGCAGCUGGGAAGCAAGAUUGACUAGCCCCCACGUCACCCCUUCUGUGGCUAAGAGCUCACAUAGUUCUGUUGGUUGGUGGUGUUCUGGUCUCUGUUCUCACUGUAGAAGACUGAGCAGAAAGGGUUCUUGGAGACGUGUGCUACGGAAGUCCUGUUGGGUGUGAAACACUGAGCUGUGAUGAACCAACUGCUUUUUUCUCUGGGCUUCAGUGUUUGCUGCUGUUUUUUCAGUAGCUAAUGCACUGCCAGUGAAUCUCCAUUGUAGUCCUCUCUUCCUCUUGGUUUCUUUGGUUCAAAAACUCGUCUUUAUUUCCAGAGCCCCUGCCUCAUUAGAUGUUUGGUGUUUUGCAGUCUUCAUUCUUUGAUUCUUCACGAGAGCUUGAGGAAGAACACGUACCACUUUUAACGUUCACUGUUUCACCAUUUCGAGUAUCUUGGGGAUUGAACGUUAAUGACCCUGCGUCAGAGUCCCCGUGACCUGUCUCUAUAUUCGUGGUUCACAGAUGGGGCAUCGUCAGUAGAAAUGUGAGAAAUAGACGAGGCAAGUCUGCUUUCUUGGCCAAGCCUCCGAAGCAUACAUUUCUACCAACAAAUAAAUGCAGAUAACGGGAGUAAAAAGCCCAAAGCCAAAUUCAUGCAUGAGUGCAAAUGGAUGCAAAUUUAUUACUACCUGCAUCUGUGCAUAUACAUCUUUUUUAAGACACCGAAAGAGAACUAUAGGCUUGUUUUUUGUAGUUUUUUUUUUUUAAGGCUUGUUCAUUUUUUUAUCUAUGUGAUUAAGUGCCAGCGUGUAGGCUUAAGAAUCAGGAUUGAACUUGAAUCUAACUCCACCAGUAACUUUGGGGGAAAUUACUUACCCUCCCUAAGCUCAGUUUUAUGUAUUUUCUAUAAAGACAGGAUAAUAGUAGCUUUUUAAUAGGGCUGCUUUUAAAUUACAGUGGACAUAAAGCAUUUGUUUCGUCCCAGGCAGAGAAGUGCUUCUAUCAGAAUGUGAUCAGCACCAGGAACAGAGAAGUAGACUGACAGUGACAUACGCAGUAAGGGUGUUUAGUUAUCUUGUGUAGCGGGAGGUCUGGGGAUAGAUGGUUUCAGGGUUGGGUGGCAGCCACAAACAUCAUCAGGAUUUUCUUGGAUCCAUUUGUUCUGGCAUCCCUGCUGUUGCAACGUGGCUGUUACAGCUCAGCAUCAUUUCUUCAACUGACAGUGUCCAAAGCCAAAGCAGGAAGCACAGCAGACAGCAAUAGAGGAACUUUGUCCUCAUUCUGCUCUUAUCAGGGAGGGGCGUCCUUCAGAGGCCCAAAGAGACCUGCCCCUGUCUUGUUUGGUAGAGCUGGGCCACACACCCACCUGUUCACAUGCCCAUCAACAGUGUAUAAGAGUUGCUCAUGCAUUUGUAAAGUUAAAUGUAUAAUCAGGAUUCUAUUUUUGAACUAUAUAACAUAUUGAAGAUUGGUUUAUAUUCUUUGCCCAGUGAUUCUUUUUCUGAAAUCUUUAUGGAUCUGGUUCUGUUCAUUGCAGUUUUUGCUUGUUUGCUAAUUUUUUUUUAAUUUUUACUUUUUUAUUUUUUUAAACAUUCAAUUCAUUUUUAAAUUUUAUUUUUUGGCUCGAGGUUUUUUUUUGGGAGGGGGUGGUAAAUAGGUUUGUUUAUUUAUUUAUUGUUAAUAGAGGUACUGGGGAUUGAACCCAGCACCUCGCGCAUGCUAAGCAGACUCUCUACCACUGAGCUAUACCGUCCUCCUUAUUAAGGUAUAUUUUACAUGUCAUAAAA